AUGGCGGCGGAGCCGGCGGGCGCCGAGGCGUUACUGGGCGGGCGGCCGCGGGCGGCCCUCAGCGAGGGGAGGAGCCCGAGGGCAGUGGGGCCCGGCGGUUCGGGGGCCCAGGCCGGGCCGGGCUCCUGCAGCAGGGUGCCCAGCGCGAGCGGCCCCGACGCCCCUCGGCAGGUCGCCUUUCCGGAGGAGACCUCGGUCAGCAGGAAGGAGUACGAGGCCGCGGUGAGGAGGCUGCAGGAAGAGCAGAGCGCGCACGCAAGGACCAAAGACCUGCUCACCAAGGAAUCGGAGAAGCUGGACUUUGCGCUGGGGGAAGUGGAGGUUCUGUCCCGGCAGCUCAGGAGAGAAAGGGAGAUCUUUGAGAAAACGCUUGACAGCAUUAAGAGUAAAGCACUUACUGAACUGACACAAAAAGACAACUUAAUAAACAAAUGCAAUGAAAUAAAAAGCUGCAUUGUGAAGCAGGAGGAUGUGCUGAAGGACAAGGAGAAGGAGAUCCAGGCACUGCACCGCUGCAUUGCCCAGCAGAAGCAGACACUCAAGACCCAAGUGUCCGAGUUAAAGAUACAGAAGCAGCAAGAAUUGUACAUAGCUCAAGUGCUGGAAAAGAAGCAGAGGAAAGGCUUCAAGUGAUAACACAAGAAGUUCCUCUAAAUCUACAUAGCUUGAGAUACACACACUCACUGUCAAGACUGCAGGACCUGUAGCGGACAAUACAAGGACCUUUCUCUUCACCCAGCAGUACUGGCUGUGUUGGAACAGCCUCGUGCAACAGGCUGUGCAGAUCAGCCAGCUACAUAUGCAUCCUGGAGGCAGCUAUCCCCGGCAGUCUUCCCUCCAGGUGCAUCACAUCCAGUGAAACCUGAUCGUCAGGCACAGUGCGUUCAUCCCCCUGCGGCCGUGACCCCCCUGCGAGGCGCUGAAAGCAGAAGCUGAUUAUUUCACCUCUGACACUGUCCUGGACAGAGCCCAGCUGGCUGCGGGGCUUAGUGUGCACCACUGGGUCUGAACUAGUGCUGCCUGUGCCAGUCUUGCAGUAAGAACAUGUUUGCAGUAAGCUACAAGGCUCUUUCUGCAUUGGGGUUGACAGCUGGGAAGGAAAAAGCCCUUCAGUCUCACAGCAGGGCUGCUUGUGCUGUGCUUGCCCCUCAGCACAGCAUCAAAACCAGUCUGCUGGGCGGCCAAGCCUUGCCAAAGCUGUACCCUGCCUGUGGGGAGUACAGGCCGUGUAGAGCAACAGAGCCACUGCAAACAAAUGGUUUUCCCUUAUCCAGAGCAGUUUCGCCUUCGCCAGCCCCCACAGCUGGUUCCCCCUGUGCCUUCCCUUGGGCUCCUUGCACCCUGAGGAGGCUGACGCCCGGUAGGACACCAGUUGUGCUGCCUGCCUUCGGGAGUAAGGACCCCUUUACCCUAGCGUG